GUCGUUCGUACGCUGCUUUACCAACGGUAAACUCAAAGGGCUGAUUUCACCGACUGUUGCUUUUGCCCAUCAUUUUGUCGUCAAGGACCGACAUGUGGCUUAUUCCUGUUUCAUAAAGCAACAAAAACAGAGGAGAGAUUAAUCAGCUAAUUGCCUCUCUUAAAUUUCCUCAUGAAUCAGAAGUCAGUAUAGCAAUAGCUGAACAGCAUCUAUGGAGUCAUGCUUUCCAAUUCUUCUACGCAGCUUUUGCUUCAUGUCCCUGGUGUUGCAGAUAGGCUAUGCAUUGGACUCCAUUUCAGCUGGCCAGAACAUCACAGAUGGCCAAACGAUAGUCUCUCCCAGCGGGAACUUCGAGCUAGGAUUCUUCAGCCGCGGCAGCUCCAAGAACCGCUACGUGGGCAUAUGGUACAAGAAGCUAUCGGCCGGGAGGGUGCUUUGGGUAGCAAACCGAGAGAAUCCCCUGAAUGACUCUUCAGGAGUCCUAAAGCUCACUCCUCAGGGUGUACUGACUCUCCUGAACCACAACAAUGGGAUCGUUUGGUCCUCCAACGUGUCAAGACCAGCCCAGAAUCCGAUUGCGCAGCUUUUGGAUUCCGCCAAUUUCGUCAUAAAAGAAGGAAACGACAAUGACUUGGGUGAUGCAAUUUGGCAGAGUUUUGAUCACCCUUGUGAUUCGUUUCUGGCUGGCAUGAAGUUCGGUAUAGACCGAGCAAAAGGUCUGGACCGGUACCUGACCUCGUGGAAAAGCGUGGACGACCCUUCACUUGGUGAUUUCACAUAUAGGCUCGAUUCUUCGGGAUAUCCGCAGCUGAUCGUGAGAAACAGAUCGGUAGUGCAGUUCAGGUCAGGACCUUGGAACGGCCUUCGAUUUAGUGGGUUCCCUCAGUUGAGGCCAAAUCCAGUUUAUAGCUUUGGCUUUGUCUUCACCCAAAACGAAAUUUACUAUUACUUCAAUAUUCUGAACAGUUCCGUCCCAUCGAUGCUCGUUUUAAACGAGAAUGGGAUUGCUCAGCGCUUCAGUUGGGUAGAUCGGACACACGAUUGGAUACUGUAUUCGUCUGCUCAAACGGACGACUGUGACACUUAUGCAUUAUGCGGAGGGAAUGGGAACUGUAACAUUGCUAGCUCUCCAAAAUGCGUGUGCUUAACAGGGUUCAUGCCCAAAUACCCGAGCGCCUGGGAAUUUGGGGAUUGGUCAAACGGUUGUGUCCGGAGGACGGAACUGGAUUGCCUGGGAGGAGACAAGUUUCUGAAGUACACUGAAGUGAAGUUGCCCGACACGAGGCAAUCGUGGUUCAACGAGAGUAUGAACCUUCAGGAAUGUGAGCAGACAUGCUUGAGGAACUGCUCAUGCACAGCUUAUUCAAACUUGGAUAUUAGAGGGCAAGGAAGUGGAUGCUUGCUUUGGUUCGGUGACCUGAUGGAUAUUAGACAGUUCAAUGAGAACAGCCAGGAUAUCUACGUAAGGAUGGCCGCAUCAGAAGUCGGUGUGAGUUUGAGCAGAAAAACUGGCACAAGGAAAAGCACAGGCAUCAUUGUCAGCACCAUGCUGUCCGCAAUGCUUCUUCUCGGUAUCAUGGUUGUUUUCAUGAAGUAUAGGAGGGAUGGACAAAUCUUUAGAUUCUGCCAUCAAAGCCAUGGUGAAGAUCUAGACUUACCUAUGUUUGACGUGACAACCAUAGUGAACGCUACGAAUAACUUCUCUGAAGACAACAAACUCGGAGAGGGAGGUUUUGGAGCUGUCUAUAAGGGUGUUCUGAGGAAUGGCCAAGAAAUUGCUGUGAAGAGGCUGUCGGAAAACUCUAGGCAGGGACAGGACGAGUUCAAGAAUGAAGUCGUCUACAUCGCCAAACUUCAACACCGAAACCUUGUCAAGAUUCUGGGAUGCUGCAUUCAAGUAGAUGAAAUGAUGUUGAUCUAUGAGUUCUUGCCCAACCGGAGCUUGGAUUGUUUCAUUUUCGAUCGAGAGAAGGGUGUUUUACUGGAUUGGCCUAGGCGCUUCACUAUCAUCAACGGCACAGCCUCGGGGCUCCUAUACCUUCACCGAGACUCAAGAUUAAGAAUAAUUCAUAGAGAUCUGAAAGCUGAAAACAUCCUGCUCGACAAUGAAAUGAAUCCAAAGAUAUCGGACUUUGGUUUGGCGAGGAGUUUUGGAGGUAAUGAGAGCGAAGCGAAUACAAAGAGAGUAGUGGGAACAUACGGUUACAUGUCGCCAGAGUAUGCUAUCCAUGGGUUAUAUUCAAUAAAAUUGGAUGUAUUCAGUUUUGGUGUCGUAGUGCUGGAAAUCGUGAGCGGGCAAAGAAAUCGAGGCUUUAAUCAUCCUGACAACCAUUCAAGCCUUCCCGGAUUUGCCUGGACACUGUUCAGAGAUCGAAAGCCUAUGAAGCUGGUUGAUCCAUCGAUCACAUCCACAUUCAAUCCUGCAGAAGUUUUACGAUCGAUCCAUGUGGCUCUGUUGUGCGUCCAACAAAAUCCGAGAGAUAGACCAGAGAUGUCGUCCGUGGUUAUGAUGUUGGGCAGUGAGAGCGCAUUGCCUCAUCCUAAACAGCCCGGUUUUUUCAGCGAGGAGUCCGUAUCGGAAGCCAGUUCUUCAAGCGGUGGCAAGCACCAACAAUAUUCAGCCAACGAAAUGACUAUUUCAGAUGUACAGCCUCGGUGAUAUAUCUGUAGUUACAAUAUUGUAUGUAUUAAUCUUACACGAAUAUGAGAGGAUCACGGCGUUUGUAUUGAGGGUCAUCUCUUAAUCUAGAAUAGCAAGACGUUACGGGGACAUACAGAAGAUUGCACCUUUUGUUCUUCCAAAAUUUGGGGGAUGCUAGUCAGAAAGCGAAGACUUUUCCGGUA